AGAAAUGAAAAAUUGGCAUUUAUUUGGGAGGAAAAACAACAAAACUGAUUUUUUUAGAUACCGGAUAGACUUAGCUCAGAGAUAGGCUACUCUAAUAACUUUGGAAUGUGUGAAAGUAACUUUUUGCACCAAAGGAUAAAUAACACACCAAACCACCCGAAAAUGACCACUUCUGUAGAAGACUGACUUGGAGACUUUUAAAAGAAUGGACAUCUGCAUGAGAAAUGUUUUCUCAGCAGGUUCUGGGAGUCACACCUAAACCACAUCCUACAGAAAGCAGCCAGUAUGGACGUGAGGGGCCAUCAGCAGCAGCAGCUUAAACUCAGGAGUGUCAAACGAUGGACAUUCUGGAGUCUUUCCAUCGCCAUCAUUUCUCUCGUGCUGCUGCUCUAUAAUAACAGGCCUGCUAAAAGUAAUCAGACCUGGAGUAACUACAAACCGGCCAGCCAGGCUCAAUUCAAAGCAAAACCCAGAAAAACAGCUUGUGGAGCAGUGGGACAAGAUCCACCUGGAGAAAAGGCGCCUCUCCUGCCAGUCCAUGGGACGCACACACUGCUGUUGUCAGCUUACCUGGAGCACCGCACAGAAAACCAAGAGGUCCGUGUCAUUGCUGUGGUGUUGAGAAGUGAGGCGGCUGCUUAUCGCUGCCACCUCUGUUGUGAGGGACAUAACAUCUCCACAUCACUCCACAUCUCUGAGGGCCAUGUUAACAUCCAUAGGGACCACUUUGACUUCCAGUAUGGGACAGCAGACAUCAUGUGCCCUGUUCCCUCAGGGUGCAAGACUCCCUCUGAUGUCACUGUGACCUCUGCUGCUGAAGAUCCAGAUGUGGAUCCUCCAGUGUUUUUGGCGGUGCUGAACCAGAGGACAAGUGACUCCUUCCCUCACAGCUUCACUGUCUGCAUAUCCACCAUGUUUGACUUCACCAACGUGCUGCAGCUGGUCCAGAGUAUGGAAAUGCUGCAGCUUCUGGGGGUGAGCAGAGUGGUCAUCUAUAAGACGAGCUGUGACGCAGACACACAGAGGCUACUGGACUACUACACAGACAAAGGUUUUAUUGAGGUGAUUCCCUGGUCUAUGUCCAAACAUCUGAACGUGUCUAAGAGUUGGAGGCCUGAAAAAGAUCCUGGUGACCUUCACUACUACGGCCAGAUCCCUGCUCUCAAUGACUGUGUCUACAGAUACAUGUACCAGUCCAGAUAUGUGGCAAUGCAUGAUGUGGACGAGCUCAUUCUGCCCCAGUCAGUGGACAGGUGGAAUGACUUGAUGCCCCUGCUGGAGCAGAAAUAUGGUGCUGACAAGUGCUACAUGUUUGAGAACUACAUAUUUCCUCCCACCUUCAAGCUGCCUCCUCCAGUCUCUGAAACUCAUCAUUACCUGCAAGACAAGGAAAACCCCACCUGGCAAGGCAUAUCUGGGGUCAACAUCCUGGACCAUCUGUACCAUGAACCAAACACCAGAGUAGUGCGCGACAACUUCAAGAUCAUUGUCAACCCCAGAGCUGUAAUUGAAACCUCCGUCCACGGACUGUUGAACUCAUAUGAGAGCUGUCUUUGGGUCGACAACAGCUUAGCACGCAUGUACCAUACAAGGGCUCCAAUGAAGACCGGGCUGACACCAGACGAGCUGAUUUAUGACGGCCGACUGCUGGGAUACAGUGCCCGCCUCAUCCAGGCUGUCAACGCUGUGCUCAAAGACUCUGGACUCAUUGUGUGA